UUUAGCACAUAUUCCAAUGAAGACUAUGACAGGAGAAAUGAUGAGGUUGAUCCCGUGGCUGCUUCAGCAGAGUAUGAACUUGAAAAACGUGUCGAAAAGCUAGAACUUUUCCCUGUGGAACUAGAAAAAGAUGAGGAUGGACUUGGUAUAAGUAUUAUUGGAAUGGGUGUUGGAGCAGAUGCUGGACUUGAAAAACUGGGAAUAUUUGUCAAGACAGUGACAGAAAGUGGUGCUGCUCAGCGUGAUGGCAGGAUACAAGUCAAUGACCAGAUUGUAGAAGUGGAUGGAAUCAGCUUGGUGGGUGUCACUCAGAAUUUUGCUGCAACAGUUCUCAGAAAUACUAAAGGCGAUGUCAGAUUUGUUAUUGGGCGAGAAAAACCAGGACAAGUGAGUGAAGUUGCUCAGUUGAUAAGUCAGACACUGGAACAAGAAAGGCGCCAAAGAGAGCUGCUUGAGCAGCACUAUGCCCAAUACGAUGCAGAUGAUGAUGAGGUAACCAUGGAGGAUAUCAGUAAAGCACUCAGACAGUCAGCACUACCUCAUGAAAUUCUGAGGAACACUGUGGCUGAAUUGCAAGGCGUGUCUGGCAACUGCAAUAACAAUAACAACUAUUUCCUUCAGACAGGAGAAUAUGCCACUGAUGAAGAGGAUGAUGAGGUAGGACCUGUUAUUUCUGGCAGUGACAUAGCCAUUGAAGUCUUUGAGCUGCCUGAGAAUGAGGACAUGUUUUCGCUAUCAGACCUGGACACAAGCAAACUCAGUCACAAAUUCAAAGAGUUGCAAAUCAAACAUGCAGUUACAGAAGCAGAGAUACAAAAAUUGAAGACCAAGCUGCAAGCAGCAGAAAAUGAGAAAGUGAGGUGGGAACUAGAGAAAAAUCAACUCCAGCAGAAUAUAGAAGAGAAUAAAGAGAGAAUGCUGAAGUUGGAAAGCUACUGGAUUGAGGCUCAAACAUUAUGCCACACGGUAAAUGAACACCUGAAAGAGACUCAAAGCCAGUAUCAGGCCUUGGAAAAGAAAUACAACAAGGCAAAGAAACUGAUCAAGGAUUUUCAACAAAAAGAACUUCAUUUCCUCAAGAGACAGGAAGCAGAAAGAAAGAAAAUAGAAGAUUUAGAAAAAGCUCAUCUUGUGGAAGUUCAAGGCCUACAAGUGCGGAUUAGAGAUUUGGAAACAGAAGUGUUCAGAUUACUGAAGCAAAAUGGAACUCAAGUUAACAAUAACAACAAUAUCUUUGAAAGAAGAACAUCUCUUGAUGAAGUCUCUAAGGGAGAUACCAUGGAGAACUUGGUUGUCAAGCAAACAUCUUAUCAAGAUGGCCUAAGUCAAGAUUUGAAUGAAGCAAUCCCAGAAACUGAGCGUCUUGACUCAAAAGCACUGAAAACUCGAGCCCAACUCUCUGUGAAAAACAGGCGCCAGAGGCCCUCUAGGACAAAACUUUAUGAUAGUGUCAGUUCAACAGAUGGAGAGGACAGUCUAGAGCGAAAGGGUUUGAGACCUUCUUCUCCAGAAUCAGAUUCUGGUGCACCAUCCUCAGUGGCUAGCAAUGUUCCCUUCUCAUCUGACCAUAUUACUGAAUUUCAAGAAGGAUCCUUGAACUCAGAAAGGGAGCCUUCCUCCUCUACUUGGGGAGACACUUCAUACUCCUCACCUUCAAAAUCUGACCAAGAUAUGGAAGAAUCUCCUCACCACCAUCAGACCACUACCAAGAACAUAGUGCAAGAGAAAGGUGGUGCCAAAGGAACCACUUCAUUGAUGACACAAGGAGGAAAAAUCAGACAGAAGUUUGUGGAUCUAGGGGCACCUUUGCGAAAGAAUUCCAACAAAGGGAAAAAAUGGAAAGAAAAGGAACCCAAUAGGUUUUCUCCAGGUCACAGCAGGAUAUUCAGAAGCAGGUUGGACUACUGGAAGCCGAAGUCGUCUUCCUCAGCUGAGGCCCCCACUCGCUCACCUUGCAUGCCUUUCUCCUGGUUUAAUGAAAGUCGGAAAGGAUCCUAUUCUUUCAGGAACCUGCCUUCACCUACAACUCCCCUGCAGCCUUCUCCUGAGACUCUAAUUUCACAUAAAAAGUGGUCUAAGAAUUUUGCCUUCAAUGACGACUUCAGUCCUAGCAGUACCAGUUCGGCAGACCUGAGUGGUCUAGGACCAGAACCCAAAACUCCAGGGCUCUCUCAGUCCUUAGCACUGUCAUCAGAUGAGAGCCUGGAUAUGAUAGAUGACGAGAUCCUUGAUGAUGGACAGUCUCCCAAACACAAUCAGUGUCAGAACCGUGCCGUUCAUGAAUGGAGUGUGCAGCAGGUUUCUCAUUGGUUAAUGAGCCUAAAUCUGGAGCAAUGUGUAUCUGAAUUCAGUGCCCAAAACAUCACUGGAGAGCAGCUCCUGCAGUUGGAUGGAAAUAAACUGAAGGCCCUUGGAAUGACAUCAUCCCAGGAUCGGGCACUGGUCAAAAAGAAACUCAAGGAAAUGAAGAUGGCUCUAGAGAAGGCUCGGAAGGCUCAAGAGAAAAUGGAAAAACAGAGAGAAAAGCUGAGAAGGAAGGAACAAGAACAAAUGCAGCGGAAGUCCAAAAGGGCAGAAAAGAUGACAACUACAACAGAGGGUGGUGAUGAGCAGUAAGAAACACCCUCUGCUUGAAGAUGGAAAAGAUGCUUCAAUACUUCACCUCCAUCUGCCCUGCUCUGCUCUGGAGCAUGAAGUAGAAACUGAUGAUGGGUAAUCCUGUUCUAGGCAGAUUGAAGGACCAUGUUUGCUGAAUCACUGUAUUUUCUGAUACAGAAUACAGUCUUAAUUUUAACUUACUAAAAUCACCCCCAAGCUGCUUUUGAGUUAUUAACAAACCAAGAAUCUCAUUUAUGAGAAAUGUAAAGUAGUUGUAUUUCUCUCCUCUCUUGCUUGCCAACAUCUUGUGUUGUGUUGAGUGGGCUUGGAGAACCAGCAUGACCUUGCCCAACAUUUACGUGAUAGCCCCAAGGAUUAUAGCAGAACCACAUGAAUUUUCAGUACGGGAUCUUGAAAUAGGACAGUUGUAUGAAUUGUAAGAAUUAUAUGUCUCUGAUAGGAUCCCAGGCAUAAUUUAUACAUUGACA